UCCUCUCAAUAAGUGACCGGGGGCGUCACUCUUCAGCUUAACCAAUCACUUCGCUCUAUUCCCAAGAGCCUAUCAUAGCGCUCUGUCAAACCUUUUAAGUCUGCUCUUCCCCCUUUGACAGCUGUCAUUUCAGGUGACUCUACGUAGUUGGUAGUCGCAAACAAACCUUCUAAGUAAAGCGCUUCUAAAAAGUAAACUUAACAUGUCCAGUUCGGACUUCUCUGAGAACGAUCCCUUUCAGGACGAUCCCGAUCCUGGCCCCAACGUGCUGGCUGACACAGCUUCUACUUCCUCAAGCUAACAGCGCACGAGCAUUCGCUUGCUUGCCCACAGCGGCGCAGCCUCACGGACAGCAGAGGCAGAGCUCCUCACCUCUCAACUACAGCAGCAGGGCAUCGUACCAGCCCCAGGUCUCCCUCUCUCCCAGCUUCGCGAGCUCUCGGACCAAGUCCCACUCGUCGCUCCCCAGCCCAUGCCAGCAGCUCCAGCCGGCCUCUCUGACAGACCAGGGCGCGGGCGCGGGCGCGGGCGCGGGCGCGGGCGCGGGCGCGGGCGCAGGGGUAAAAGAACAAGGAAGUCGAGCCCUCCAGCAGCUCCUCCCUCAAAGAAGACAACUCCUUCCCAGCCUCGCCCCAUCGCUGACCAGCCCGUAAGCACCUUCAACCAGCCCUACAUGGAUAACAGCUUGGCCAACACCCUACAAUCCCUGGCCGAUUCCAUGCAGAGACUCGACACUCGCCUCCAGUCCCUGGAAAGGGUUUCAGCCGAAGCCUCCACUUCAGCAACCACCAGGGCCGUACUUUCUGCCAUGGCGCAGCCAGUGCUCACGCCGGGUCAGGCCCUUUCAGUCCCACACACCGAUGUCUCCCCUCAUUCUCUGGCUUCUGCCAUCCCACCCCCUCCUUCAGGUAGGCCUUACAUCCCCCAAGCUGCUAAUAUUUCCCCCCGGCUCAGGGCAAAAAUACUUCAAGGGCAGGAUAUUAACCUGGUCAGCCUUAUCCUACCUUCCCCUGAGUGUGACAAAUCCAUCGCCACCGGGGGAAACAUCACAGCAGUUUUCAAAACAUCAGACCCCCGUCUCAACAGAGACCUUUCCAUAGGCCAGUUCCUGGUUGCAUUCGGCAUAUAUCGUGAUGUAAUAUGCUCAGUCUACCCGGGAAGGAGGCAAGAACUAGACGCUUAUCUGGGUCUGAUCGGCGAUCUUAAUCUCAAAUACGGGAAAAGUGUGUUCUACGCUUAUCACAAGAGCUUUUCAAGCAAAGCCGCCCUUCACAUAGCUCACUCAAACAUUCGUCUGGACUGGUCCAUGCUGGACACCGAGCUGCUCGUGUUGUCUACAGGCGGCCACCAAGUCAUCUCAUGCAACAGCUGCGGGACCCCGGGCCACCUCUCCCCUUUCUGCCCUUCAGUGCCUCUCUCUGCCUUCAAAGCCCCUUCUGCGUUCCAAGCCCCAAAUGACAGACAAGGCCGUCAGGUGCAGCGCUGGCGUGAGAUGCAGAUCUGCAAUAAUUUCAAUGAAAAUGUCUGCACUUACUCAGCCUGUACUUUUCUCCACUUCUGCAGUUUCUGCAAGGACUCGCACCCGAGGUCUGUGUGCCCCAGGCGCGGCGGCCGUCCCAUGGCGCAGCCAUUCUCCCUUCACUACGCCUCGGUCGACAACGCUAUUAAGUUAAUUAAAUUCGCCGGCCAAGGAGCCUGGCUCUCCAAAGCAGACAUCACCGAUGCCUUCAAAAUCAUUCCCAUUCAUCCGUCCCAGUGGAACAUGUUCGGCAUCAGGUGGGAGUCCAAGCUCUACUUCGCCGUCCGCCUCACUUUCGGGUGCAGAAGUAGCCCAUGCAUUUUCAAUUCCUUCUCCAAGGCUCUUUGUUGGAUCCUGCUGAACGUUGUUAGAAUCCCAUCCGUUCUUCACCUGCUGGAUGAUUUUCUCCUCAUAGAUCCCCCAUGGGACAACUCAGGCGCUUCACUGCUUAAACUGAAACUCUGUUUCCAAGAGCUAGGCGUCCCCCUAUCCAAGGAGAAAACCAUAGGCCCCGACACAAGUUUGGAGUUUCUGGGCAUCACUCUCAACUCCAUAGAGAUGAAAGCGUCUCUCCCAAAUGACAAACUGCAGCGCAUACGCGACAUCACUAAGUCCUACUGUGCACAACACAUCAUUACUAAACAGCAGCUGCUCUCCCUCCUCGGGCACCUUGAUUUCGCCAUGCGUGUCAUCCCACAGGGACGCUCAUUCAUCUCCCGCCUCCUGGACGCAGCAUCAGCUGUUAAAAACCUCCACGAUCAUGUUCCCUUAGACAAAGGAUGCCGCUCAGACCUACGCUUCUGGUCCCUCCUGCUCGACCAAUGGAACGGUGUCACUUUUUUCUACAACGACAUAGUGCACUCCUCAGACUCAAUGAGGCUUUUCACGGAUGCCGCCCCAUCCGCUGGUCCUUGUUCGAACAAUAUUAUCACCAAACAUUUUAAGAAUGUUUUUAGAGAAUGUUAUCCUACCUUUCAGAAGUACAUUCUAGGAACCAAAAUAAAACUUCUCAAUGAAACCAUUCCUAGAACAAUGAAUGGAUGGGUGUGCACACAUUGA